CAGGGCUAGCGGCGGAGGAGCUGGCCCGGGCAGCCAGAAGAGAGGCAGGGGCCGGGCAGCGGCCGCUGUGAUUGGCACACCCCGCUCCGGCAGAGGCGAGCCGCCGGGGGACGCAGGAGCCCCGCGGCGCCCCUCCAGCAGCCCCUUGGCAGCCCGGCCGCAGCGGGAGCCGGGAGCUGCCGGGCGCGGGGAAGGAUGCAGGGGAAGAAGCCCGGGGGCUCCGCGGGCGGCGGCGGCGAGCUGCAGGGGGACGAGGCGCAGCGGAAUAAGAAGCGGAAAAAGAAGGUCUCCUGCUUCUCCAACAUCAAGAUCUUCCUGGUGUCCGAGUGCGCCCUGAUGCUGGCCCAGGGCACGGUGGGCGCCUACCUGGUGAGUGUGUUAACUACCUUGGAGCGGCGAUUCAACCUGCAGAGCGCUGAUGUGGGGGUGAUAGCCAGCAGCUUUGAGAUUGGGAACCUGGCCCUCAUUCUCUUUGUGAGCUACUUUGGAGCCCGAGGGCAUAGGCCACGUUUGAUAGGAUGCGGAGGAAUAGUCAUGGCUCUGGGCGCCCUCCUUUCUGCGUUGCCUGAAUUUCUGACCCAUCAAUACGAAUACGAAUCUGGGGAAAUACGCUGGGGGGCUGAAGGGAGGGAUGUAUGUACUGCCAACGGGUCCACCAGCAACGAGGGACCUGACCCGGAUCUUAUCUGCAGGAAUAGGACUACCACCAACAUGAUGUACUUGCUUCUCAUUGGAGCGCAAGUGCUCCUAGGCAUUGGUGCUACCCCUGUACAGCCACUAGGAGUUUCCUACAUCGAUGACCAUGUGAGACAAGAUUCCUCCCUAUAUAUAGGGAUCUUGUUUACAAUGCUGGUAUUUGGACCAGCCUGUGGAUUUAUCUUGGGCUCCUUCUGUACCAAAAUCUAUGUGGACGCUGUCUUCAUUGACACAAGUAAACUGGAUAUCACCCCCGAUGACCCUCGGUGGAUCGGCGCAUGGUGGGCAGGCUUCUUGCUGUGUGGUGCCUUACUUUUCUUCUCGUCCCUCUUGAUGUUUGGAUUCCCGCAGUCCCUGUCCCCCAGGGUGGAGCACUCAGUGGAGAGCGAGCAAGCCAUGCUCCCCGAACGGGACUACGAGAGGCCCAAGCCAAGCAAUGGGAUCCUGCAGCACUCGCUUGAAGGGGAGGAUAGUGCCUCCUGCCUCCAGCAGCUGAGAGUAAUACCUAAAGUAACAAAGCACUUGCUGGCCAAUCCUGUCUUCACCUGCAUCAUCCUUGCUGCCUGCAUGGAGAUUGCUGUGGUCGCUGGCUUUGCAGCCUUCCUGGGGAAGUACCUGGAACAGCAAUUCAACCUCACCACCUCAUCAGCCAAUCAGCUCUUGGGGAUGACAGCGAUCCCAUGUGCAUGUCUGGGCAUAUUCCUGGGCGGUCUCCUGGUGAAGAAGCUCAGCCUGUCUGCUCUGGGAGCCAUCAGGAUGGCCAUGCUCGUUAACCUGGUGUCCACAGCUUGCUAUGUCUCUUUCCUAUUCCUGGGCUGUGACACAGGGCCCGUAGCUGGGGUUACUGUUCCCUAUGGAAACAACUCAGCUCCAACCUUGCCCUUGGACCCAUAUUCCCCCUGCAAUAACAACUGUGAAUGCCAAACCGAUUCCUUCACUCCAGUUUGUGGGGCAGAUGGGAUCACCUACUUGUCCGCCUGCUUCGCGGGCUGCAGGAGCACGAAUCUCACUGGCUGCUCAUGCCUCAGUUUGGUCCCAGCCGAGAACGCUACAGUAAUGCAUGGAAAAUGCCCCAGUCCUGGUUGCCAAGAGGCCUUCUUGACAUUCCUCUGUGUGAUGUGUGUUUGCAGCAUGAUUGGAGCCAUGGCACAGACACCAUCAGUUAUCAUACUCAUCAGAACAGUGAGCCCUGAACUUAAGUCUUAUGCUUUGGGAGUGCUUUUCCUGCUGCUCCGUUUGCUAGGUUUUAUCCCGCCACCCUUGAUCUUUGGGGCUGGAAUUGACUCAACAUGUCUGUUCUGGAGCACGUUUUGCGGCGAGCAAGGAGCCUGCGUAUUGUAUGACAAUGUCGUCUAUAGAUACCUGUAUGUUAGCAUUGCUAUAGCUCUGAAAUCUUUCGCAUUCAUCUUAUACACAACCACCUGGCAGUGCUUGAGGAAAAACUAUAAAAGAUACAUCAAGAACCAUGAAGGUGGGCUCAGCACUAGUGAAUUCUUUGCCUCUACUCUCACCCUAGACAAUCUGGGGCGGGACUCUGUGCCCCAAAACCAGUCACAGAGGACAAAAUUUAUCUAUAACCUGGAAGAUCAUGAAUGGUGUGAAAACAUGGAAUCUGUUUUAUAGUGACUAAAGAUGGAUGAACUCUAUAUUAAUAAUAUAUGGGUCCUUUUUAAUUAAAAGAGAGAGAGAGAGAAUAAAAAUUAAAAAACAGGAAACUUUUGUCCUUUUCUCAAAAAUCAGAACCAAGGAUUCAGAAUAACAAAAUCUUUUAAUGGGAUCAUUUUUGAAAUCCUGCCAGAAUGCUGGAGAGAACAUGAAACCACUCCAGUUGGGUACCAGCCCCUUUGAUGAUGGUACAAUCUUCCAGGAUAGAAUCACUUGCAAGGGCAUUGGGAGCUGCAAACCCAGGGUUUUGUCGGAGACCUCAUCAGAUGGACAUUCUUGGGUACCUGGUGAGAAGAAACAAGCAAAUAACAGCAAUUCCAGAAUAAGCGUUAGUGACACUGCAUGCCAUUAGGGAUCUGUGUGGCCCUGUCACCUCUGCAAUAUAGGCUAAAGGGUUAGCCAGUCUGGGUGCUGUUCAAGUCCAAUGCACUCUCUCAGUGAUGUCAAAGAGGGAAGAGUGCUGGAGUUAUUAAACUACUUACACUCUGUCACCAGCCAUGAUUCCAUGUUAGAUACUUUGAAUGUUCCCGUAUACCCUCUAGCCAGCACACAUUGAUGGUCAAAAGGCUCCACUGUCUUUCCAGCAGAUCUCAUAUUUCGGUUCUCUGUGAAUGGCUGUGCUCAGAUCAUUAAACCCAGUAAAGUUCAAGUCAUUUGCUUACACUUGCCAAAUGUUCUGUCAUUUUUUAAAAAAUUCCAAACAUUUGUCUGUAUAAUCCUUUUAAGAUUUUUUUAAAACUACUUUCAAAUUUAUAUUAACCCUUAAAUCACUGACAGUGUUCGAUAGGGGGAACUUAUUAUACCAAUUGCAUUUUUUUUUCCGGUUUCUUUUCAAUAUACCACAACAUCAUGCAAGGGAUUCAGCUAAUCCACUGCAUUUUUUUUAGUCUGUAUGCCUUCUUUCUGAUGCACUGUCAAACCAAUGAGGACAUGCAUUAUUAAAAAGAAAUUAAAAGAGAGAGUGAAUGCUCUGUGUUUCUAUGAAAAUAAUUAUCAGUUGGAGAAUUCUAGUAUGAUAUAAUAAUUUACAGAUUAUUUCUUCAUAUGACAUAUGACUCUGUGAAUACAUAGAUGGAGAGACCCUUUGUUUAUGUACUCUGCAGUUUUUAAAUAUAUAUUAUUUGCAGUCGAAGGUCAGGUGGGAGUGUUCCUUAAAAUUAUUGUGUGUGUGUGUGUGAGAGAGAGAGAGAGAGACUACUGAGCCCAGUCCUUCAAUCCAUACUCAGACAAUUUCUAUUCACGUGUAGUCCCAUUAAUUUCAAGGAGACCACUCAAGUGAGUAAACAGUGCAGGAUCUGAAUUACUAAGGGCCAAAUGUUGCCCUUAGAGUUGCAUUCAGGGCUCCCAUAAAGGGGCAGAAUUUUCAAGAGCACCCAAUAUUGGCCAUUACUCACUUGGUCCAGAGUUAGGGCAAUACUGAGCACUUUUGAAAAUCACACCCAAAUUCUAUAGGAGAUGCCCCCAUGGAUCCUCGGGAAGAACUGGCAUGAUCUCUUGAAAUAGAGUCUUGCCCAAUGCCCUUUGAAAUCAAGGGGAGUCUUUCUCUAGACUUCGGUGGGCAUUGGAUCGGACUUUUCCUAUAUAAUCUUUUUCCAGGACAUUCCUACUGUUAAGCAAUAAAAAGUGGCUGUGUUUAAUGAAUUUUCUCCAACCAUAAUUGAAACCAGCCAUGUUUCCUAUGGAGUAAAUGUCAGUAGCAUUUUAAGGGUUAGCAUUGUUCAUUCAAAAUCUUGGUUUUUUGGUUUGUCUUUUAAAGCGGUUGUGAACCUGCAAACAUUUAGAAACAUAACCCGUCAUGUCAGACUAAAUACAGGAUGUAGCUCCCAUGUAUCCCAGGAGUGGGUGAGCUUCUCAGAGUCAUGUUCAUUGCUGGCAAUGGACAUACCAAAAUCCUCAGAAUGGAACAGUGAGGUUACCUUGCCACUCGUGUUCAGUACCAUUUUAGCAGACCUUGCUCUAAUUGAGACAAUUAAAAGCUGGCAGCAUAAGACUAUUUCCAGCUGACUUACUUUACUUUACUUUACUGGCGUGUUUUGUCAUUUAUGCACUGCAUUAAAUGUUCAGCAACAGAAAGGGCAAAGAACCUAGUAUAUCAAAUAAGCUGCACUAUGCCAAAUACUCAGCCAAUAUUGUAACUAUAUAUGUUUUUAUUCUUGGCUUGGAGCCUUGCUCAGAAUCAUUUGAUAAAGAGAGGAGUGGGAGGGGAAAAAGGAGCAUUAUGCAGUACCAUUUGUAUCUAUUGGGUGGUAAAUGAUAUUUAGAUCAGUUUAUUAUAUCUUGUCUGCUAAAUAGAGAUACUGCAUCCAUAAGCCAAUGAAUUAAACAAAGGGACAGGUUGCAUAACUGUCUCAUAAAAUAUGUAUAAUUGUCAAGUAUAAGCCUUUGAAAUCUUUCUGUACAGUUUUCCUUAUUUUGAAAAUGUAUUGCUUAUAGAAUGCUGCCUUUUUCAGAUGCUAGCUCAUCGUUUUAUACUACUCACACACACGCGUCACAAACAACAUGUCUCAAUGCCUGAUUUCUUGAAAAUCUAUAACCCCUUUUGCGGUUUGGAUUCUUUUUCUCUCAAAAUCCAGGGUGAAUGAGAAUAAUAUGCUGGCAUGACGCAAAACAAACUGAAAGGCUUUCUAGAGCUAUGGUUUGCCAGUAAUUGAAUGUACAAUCAAAAGCUCAUCUUACCAGUCUUACGGAAAACAAGAUUGCAGGGCAUGAACUGUCACUUCACUUGUUUGUUUGGGGAAUUAUUUUUAUUUUUCCUUUUUUUUUAUCUUAAUCUGAUGUCUUGGUUGUGUACGGGAAGCUCAGCCUGAGCUGGGUUGUUUUAUACUUUUGUACCUAAUUAUUUUGUAUCUUGUGAAAUUGUGAUUUUCUGUUUCUUUCUUUUGAUAACAUUGCUUUUGAAACGCUCUUUUUUAGGAAGCAUCAGAUCCCAGUAUCAUCAAGGGCUUUAAUCAUAGAGUUUUGGUGCUGUCACAGGGGAAAGAGGUGUAUCCAUGCAUGUAAAACAAAACAUGAAACCAAAUACUCAGAGUGCCCCAGCUGUUUCUUUGCUUUGCUCAUUUCAAAGUUUUGCAUGUUCCCUACUUUUAAUUGUACAAUCAGGGGUGAAUAAUCUCAACUCUGCCUCCUACACCCCAAAAAUGGCUUCCACAUAGCUUUAGGGGGCACUUUACUUCCUUUUUCAAGAAUAACUUAACCAUGCAGGAGAUGGAAUUGGAAAGAUUCUCUUCCUGAGAGGAGAAAGCAGAGGCAAGCCCUAAGUUCUGAAGCUCAGAUCCUACCUUCCCCCAGGCUCAAGGCCUUUGGAUUCAGGUUUUUUGUUGAGCCUAUCUCCGAAUCAACAGUGCACCCAAACCCUGUGCUUUGCUGCCUGGUGACAACCUUCUAAGGAGAUAUUUUGGGAAAUGCAGCAUACCAUUUGGGCCUGAUUCUCUUCUCACUCUCACAGAUGUAAAUCAGGAGUGGCUCCAAUGAAAUUGGAGUAGGGGGGAUCCCAGUGUGAAAGUGGCACAAGUGAGAGCAGAAUCAGGCCAUUAGUACUUUGCACAUUGGGCUCUUUAAAUGAUGUGGUGCAUUUUGAGACCAUCCCUUUAUACUUGUGGAAAUCAUCUCUCAAAAUUCCUGCCCCACCCUUUUGUGCAUCUCACCAGAGCAAAGAGCAUUCUUGGGAGGAGGAGACAUCUUUCCAUUCAAAUUUAUGGCCUACCUUCCCCAGGGUUUUGGUUGCACGAUGACAUGACGAGAAUUUUAAGAUCACUUGAAUUACCAAGCCAAACCCACCCACUUCCCCCUGUUCAAUAGGAAGGGUCCUACACCACGCUCUGGAGAGCCCAUACAUUCGAGGCAUCAAAUCUCAGCUCUCAUGCUAUCAUUAUCCUGUCUGAGCAGGAUAUGAGCCUUAUGAGACAGAGGAGGAAUUCACUCCCAGGGAGUUGAACUAGCAAUGCUUACAAAUGAAAUGAUGGGGUGAGCAGAAGACAUUUGAAGAGGGGUUUAAGAAUUUCCCAAUAGUUAGGGCAUGUAAAAAAAAUCUUUUAAGAAAAUCUUUGGAAAAUCUUUAUAUUCUCCCUUCAAAAUGCAAUGUGUGAGCCCCAAUUAUUUUUCAUUAACUAAAGGGAUGCUAAGGGCUGUGCAUCGUACCCACACCUUUCUGCAUCAGCCAGUUGUGCUUUCUCCAGGGUGCACCGGUGUCUUGGGAGGGAAAGCAGACUCAAUUUAGCAAUCAGCAGUUUCAUUCCACAACAGACCCAGAGGCAAACUCAAGCUACCAACACUGUGAGUUGUGAAACUUUACCAGGAGAUAGAGCCUGUUGCUGCUGCUGUUCGAGAAUAUUUCUCACAGCUGGACAUGUUGGGCUCAGCACUUCCCUGUGAUUCAGAUGAUCUAGGUGUGUUACUGGUUUUGUUUUUUGUCAGAGGGAGUGGGGAAAAUCGGUAUUAAAAGCUCUUAGGCAAAUACUUCAUAAGACUGAAACAUUUUUCUUCUUCUUUGUUCAGAGAGGUUUCCAAACAAAUUCCCGUUCUGCCUUUAAAGCCAGCUAUCCAUAUGUAUCCCUCCCUAGUGUCACAUGAGCCAUCUUUAUAGAUAUAAGGCUUCCAAAUCACUCGCACAUUCUCGCUCUCUAGAUGUGAUUAAUGUGUGCAAAGUUCACACCAUUUCUUUGUGCCCAGGGCCCUGGAAAAGCACCUCCUAAGUAUAAGCAAUAAAGGUCGUGAUUCUGAGCUGCUUUGACCUUUCAGAGAGCGAGAGAGAACAGGCAAAGGCCCCUGCGCUCUUCUCCUUGUCUAAAGCAAAGUUCACUUGCUCCCAUGUUACCUACUCUUCUCAUGAUUCACCAUCCCACUGAGCCGGGGUUCCAAUCCUGGAAGCUUGCGGCACUCUCAGUGCUCUGUGACUUGGCAGUUUCAGUCCCCUGCGGUAUAUCCUUGCUUAGAGAUAGUCAAAAUACACUUCUGGUAAAUAAGCAUGAGCCAGUGAUUGUUAUCGUGAUUAGUAUAAGCCCAGCUUGGUGUGAUCUUAUGAUGGAUCAGACGGACUCUAGAAGGGAAGAAAUGACAAUGAGGGGGCAUUGUGGUUGGGUUUUUAAAGGUCCCUAAGAGAAUUAGGCACCUAACUUCAGCUAGCCUUCAAUGCGAUUUGGGUUCAGGCCCUAUUUCAAAGCCUCCGCCUUUAGGCAUCUCUUCCAGGCUGUCCAUUGGGCUUUUUCAUCAGCCUGAAUUUCACACCAGUAAUUUUGCAAAAGACUGUUAAAGUUUCUUUGCCUAGGUGGUGCCUUCCCCCCCCCCCCGCUCCCCACUUAAUAAUGCCAAAUGCAAAUAAUGUGAUUUAGUCCUAUUUAGCCAAUAAUCUCUAUUCAAAGAUAUUAACACUGUCAUUUACAUUGGCCUGAGAGACCAGAACAUCUCAUCUGGUUUCGGCCCAUCAGCUACACUAAAAACAUGACUCAUUUUUUCUUGCUUUUACACAUUAAAUCUGUCAUUCCUUAUAAGCUGUAAAUGACAUUUUUCCAUCAUUCCACUGACUUUUCCAGCAAAUGCAAGUCUUAAUUCAAUUGCUUCACAAGAACAUACUCUCCAGACAGUUUUUAGAUAUUGGGUAUUUUUCUUUUAACUAGUGUUGCCUAGUAAAAUCUUUGGCUCUGAUCUUGUUCCCUGAAUUCAAUGGGGCAUGGGCAGGCUCUGUGUAAUUAUGAGCAAAUUAGUCAUGUUCUUUUCCUUGGAAUGAGUAAAAAUAUAUUAUCCUUGUGAUUAAAAAGAAAAGAGAGAAAAUUAUGAACAAAAGCUGCCAAUUGUCAAGUGGGCUGGAGCAGACAGUCACAGUCUGAUGUGAGGAGUCCCAAUAAAAAAGGAAAAUACCAGUUAUAUGCCAAUAAUUUCAAGUGCAAUAAUUUUUAGAGUGAUUCUCCACGAAGUGGAUGCCACCACUGGUAAUAAGCAAUAAGAAACACAUGAGGAAGAGCUGGACAAAUAAUUUAUUAGCUAAAAGAAUAGGAGGACUUGUGGCAUCUUGGAGACUAACAAAUUUAUUUGAGCAUAAGCUUUCGUGAGCUACAGCUCACUUAUCGGAUUUCCAUUUCCACCCCCCUUUGUGAAUUGUCAGUGAAUAGCUUUAAAAUUUCUCUUAAUUUAUUUGCCCAAAAUCUCUGCAUAUAAUCCUUCGCCUGUAGAUUGAUUGUGAACCACUUAUUAAGAAUAUUUGAUACUUGGCCAGGGUUGGUUAAUUUUGAUUGGACAUGUAAGUCAGGCAGGAUGUUUCUACUUCCAAACCAGAUGGAUGUAAUUUUAGAAUCGGGUUUUUGGUGCCUCUAUUCAUGAUUAGGAGUCCAGGGUCAGAUCCUUCGCUGGUGUAAAACAGCAUAGCUCUACUGAAAUUAGGCCAAUUAAUACCAGCUGAGGAUCUGACUCUAAAAAUUCACUGUUCAGGUACAUGAAUAGCUGCUUAAAUUUCUGUGCUUCUGAGAACAUUUCUGCCAGUUAGUCCCUUCAUUAGAAUAAUCCCAGAGAGCAACCAUAAAAGGGUCAUGAACACUGGCAAAGCAAAUAGGUACCAAAAGUUAAGUAUUUAUGGAAAUUUGUUUGCAUUGUUUGUACCGCUAUAUCAGGCACAAUAGCCCAAUAGAAUCAUAGAAGUCAGCGUUGUGAAAGGCCUAACAUGUCAUAGUCCACCUACCUAACCAGGUUGUCAAUCAUCAGGACAACAAAGAGGUAUCUGUUCUCUGCCCCAUACUUUUUUACCCUUCAAAAUGCUUCUCCUUCCUACAGAAUAGUCUCUCACAAACAUUGAGGCAUUUACCAUUGUCAACCCUCAUCUCAGUCUUUUGGGGUCCUCAUGACUCUUGCUAACACACACUCAAAUAAAGAUGCAACCCUUCUCCCACAGUCUCUGAUGCUUUCUGCCAGACCUGAAUGCUCUAAGGCACCUGGUGGCUCCCUGACAUUUCCACUUGCUGAAGAGUUCUAGCCAUUGCGUCUUAUUCCUUAGUGCAUGAAAGCAGUUCCCAUCAUCCACACCUGGAAAGCAUCUGUCCUAGAUCAGAGCUCAGCAGGGAAGUCCAGUGGCCCUGGGACAAGAUAGCAUUUUCAAGCAAAAGUGAUCUCUUGUUUCUCUUUGGUGCAAUGCCCAACUGGAUGGCGGAGAAGAAUUGUGACCUUUUAAACCCAUAGUGCCUACUGUUGAAAUGGAAUGCUGUGUUGUUUUGCAUUGUAUUAUACGUGAUUACGAUGUAAAUAAAGUAUCAUAAGUGUGGUGUUCAUUAGAGUUUUGAUGCACCCCACAACAACAAUAUUUCUUCCUCUGCUAUAUGGGCUUAAAAACCAUUCCAGACCUGGGAAUGUUUGUGGCUGUGUAAACUAGAAAUGUGUCAAAGGUAUUCAAUGAGAAAACACUGCCUAUAUACAGCAUUGCUUUGCCGUAUGUACGAUUCAUGAGCACCAUCUGAACCUCAACGAGGCAGGCAAUUUAUACAAGAAAGAGCAGCUCUUUAGUUAAAGUGAACAGUGAGUAGAACAACCAGUAUUUCCCAGCCUGAACUGGUCAAUCUCAUUCAUGAUGGUGGGAAAAGCAAUGUUACUGAGGAUCUGAUUUCUCUUUCAUUGUUUUCUUUAUGCAGGGUGUUAAUGGUGGGGAAAGUUUCCCAUGCCAGUGUGACCUCAUUACUUUCCUCAUCCCCUGAGAUCUUUCAGUUGUAGUUCCCAUUGAAUAGACUGGGAGAGUUAAGAUCAGAGCAGGUUGGGAAACAAGCUUCCCUGAUCCAACUCAGCCAGCUAGUCCCUCCAGGGCUCUAGAAAAUAUUGCAGGCUUUUAAGCAAAUGGGAACUUUAGAGACUUUUAUUCCCUGCCUCCAUUCUCUCCUCCUUAUCUUUUGCUCCGUGAAACGAGAGGGCCAGUUAAGAUGCAAAAGACCUACCAUCUGCCCCAGUCAGCAUCAUGUUUGCCCUUCUAGAGAACUUCCAAAUCCUGACGGAAUCUUGUUUUAAUUUUUUUCUCCAUUCUUAGAAAGUUCAAAUCUUCACUGGCAAAAAUGUGAUGCCCCUGUUCUUGGGUAUGAGACCCUCCUUGUGUGACAUCCCCAAGUGCAUGAGAUCUUCUAUUAGCUAAAAAUGGCUAAAAUCAUUCGGGAGUGUAUUAUCAGGAGUGUCAUAUGUAAGCCAGGGAGCUAAUUGUCCUUCUCUACUUGACACUGGUGAGGCCUCAGCUGGAGUACUGUGUCCGGUUCUUGGUGCCACACUUUAGGAAAGAUGUUGACAAAUUGGAGAGAGCCCAGAGGAGAACAACACAAAUGAUAAAAGGUUCGGAAAAACCUGGUCUCUGAGGAAAGGUUAAAAACCCUGGGCAGGUUUGGUGUAUUGAGAAAAGAAGACUGAGGGGUGACUCAAUAAGGUUUAAAAUAUGUUGAGGGUUGUUAUUAAGAGGAUGGUGAUCAAUUGUUCUCCAUGUUCACUGGAGGUAUGGGCUUAAUCUGCACCGAGGAAGAUUUAAGUUAGAUAUUAGGAAAAGCUUUCUAACUAUCAGGGUGGUUAAGCUCUGGAAUAGGCUGCUAAGGGAGGUUGUGGAAUUCGCAUAAUUGGAAAUUUUUAAGAACAAGUUGGACAAUCACCUAUCAGGGAUGGUCUAGGUUUAAUUGAUCUGGCCUCGGCACAGGGAGCUGGACGUGAUGACCUCUCAAGGUUUCUUCCAGCCCUGCAUUUUUAUGAUUCUGUCAGACAGCGUUAGCCACGCCCAUAAGACACUUCCAUGUGAAGGUCAUCCUGUUGAACAUGCAAGACAGCUCCACCUAGUUUGCUUUGCCUGUUCCUAUGAAACUCUUCCACAGAGGUCCCCCUGCUGCAUAUACAAGAUGGCUGAGUGGAGGUUACUCUGAUUAUGAACAUGCAAGCCUUCCACAUACUUCUCUCUGCCCACUUAGAGCCCCCUGUAUAUGCCACCCUGCCUUUGCGUGCAAGAACCUCUCUGCAUAGGCUGAUGCCACAUCUGUUUCCAAGAAGUCAUAUCACAAGUGACCUGCAGCUUCCUGCCCUGGAACCUUGAUGAGCUGACUUGCCCACCUUGGGCUGCAUGUUAAUCCAUUGCUAUUGUGCCGGAGUGGAAGGAUUCUUUUAAAAAUUCUUUGAAACAUGCUAUCUGGACUGCUUCUGAUUUUGAGGGCUUUUUAGCAGCACUUACGAAAUAAAUCCAAACCUGGUUUGGAAAAGAAAAUAUUUUACUGUACAAUUGAUUUGGGGGUAGGGAGAAGAGAGAGAGAAGAAAGAAAAAGAAACUACAUACUCAGUA